AGAGAGAGAGAGGCGCGCGCUCACCGAAGUUAACGCCAUUGAAAGGAAAGAAGAAGGGAAAAAAAACAAACUCGUAUUUAAACGCGUCGUGUGUACUGAGCGUUUAACGGAGAUCCACAGGUGCCACGCGCCCCGCUGCUGAGAGACAGGCGCUCUGCCGGUAAAGAUGGCACGCGCAUAGUGACAAGGUGCAGCGCAUCGGGCAGGUUCAUCGAGUGUUUUCAAAGACAUUGUGUGUUUUCUGAAAACCCAGUUAGCUGAAGACUUCUACCAGGCCCUUCAACAAGAACUAUAAAGUGUUUGAUGAAGAGGAGAACAACUUGAGAACCGAAACCGUCGGUGUGUGGGGUUUUUUUUUUCUUUUCGUUUUUUUGGUGGAGAUCACGGAGUUGAAAGCAUGGCUAAAACCUUCUAUAGACUGCAGCGCUUUUUAAGACAGGCCCAAUUGCUGUUUCUUUUCUUGGGCGUGGCUUACAUCAUGGCAGGAAGUGUGCUGCUGCUCCAGCGUUCCAACGUGGCCUUGUUUCAAAAAGGAACCUAUCCGCCCUUAUCGUUAGCCUCCGUACCACUGCCCCCUAGAGCCCUGGAGGCACCCAGCGUUAGCUGGCACCACAGGAGACCUGGAUCCGCAAUAAAUCAGGACGUGGAGAAUAAUCCGGAUCGGUCAGGAAGUAGAGCGGCUCGAGAGCGCCUCGUAUCUCGGAACGUGAAGAUCAGGCAUCUGAGGCGACACUGGAUUAAGGGCCGGAGAACAGACUCGGCAGAACACAAUCGGUCAAACAGGAACACCAGACAUAAAGGAACCUACAUCGGGUGCUUCGUAAAUGACGACAAACAACACGCGCUUGGAGGAACAGUGCUGUACGACUUCCGAAAAAUGACCAGCUCCUUAUGUCAAGACACCUGCUCUGAAAGUGGCUACCGGUUUGCUGGGCUGGAAUAUGGUACGGAGUGUCACUGUGGGAACCGGAUCAGCGCCCCUCAGGCCCGUAACGAGGACUGCAACCUGAACUGCAGGGCUGAAAGGGACUCGCUGUGUGGAGGCGUGGCCAGACUGUCAGUCUACAAAGUGGAGGAGGGGCUUCCCGGCCACAGGAGAUACAGAAAUGUCCACUAUCAUGGCUGCUUUCACACCCCAAAGAACAUCAGUGCUACUAUCCUUCUCCAUGCUGGCCAGCAGAACAUGACCUCACAGCUGUGUGUGGAGACAUGCACUGAUCAGGAGCUGCCUCUGGCUGUAUUGAGGGGGCGGGACUGUCUCUGUGGCCACACCUCUACUUUUCUCCUAAUGCAGCAGAACGUAGACGUGCAGCUGUGUGGGCGGAGCAAAGCUACAAACUACACCGACGACGCAGACUACUUACAGGUGUACAGCACACCUGUGCUAGAGUCCCGGUGUAGGGAGAGGAUGUUUCUGCCCGAGAGCUCGUCCUCCAUCACGGCGUUGUCCAGUUUUCCUGGAGCAGGUAACACUUGGCUGCGGCACCUCAUUGAACUCGCUACGGGUUACUACACGGGCAGCUACUACUUUGAUGGCUCUUUGUACAACAAAGGCUUUAAGGGAGAGAAGGAUUACUGGCGAAGUGGGAGAACUAUCUGUGUAAAGACGCAUGAGAGCGGGCAGAAGGAGAUCAAGAAGUUCGAGUCAGCCAUCCUGUUAAUUCGGAACCCGUACCACUGCCUUGUCGCGGAGUUCAAUCGCAAGAAUGCUGGGCACCUGGGCUACGCAACAGACGCACACUGGAAGAGUAACGAAUGGCCCGAGUUUGUGGAGACUUAUUCCUCAUGGUGGGCGUCACAUGCUCUGGCCUGGCUCCAGUUCUCCAGACGUGUGCUGGUGGUGCACUACGAGCAGCUCCUCACAGAUCUCGUCCACCAGCUCCGGCUCAUGACGGCCUUCCUGAACGUCACGGUUCCUGAAAAACGGCUCUUGUGUGCCGAGAGGAACCGAGAUGGUCACUUCAAACGCACAGGAUCUCGACGUCUCACCUUCGACCCCUUCACGGAAGGCAUGAGGACUCGUAUAGACGGCUACAUGCGGGAGGUGGACCGUGCUCUCAGGGACAGAAAUCUGAGUGGCCUGCCACAGGAAUACAUGCCCAGGUGAUGAACGCUAAUAAGCUAGUGCAUGAGCUUGGUGGAUUUCUUUCUGCAGGACGGGACGGAGGAAAACUCUGAUAAAAGUGCCUGGGAACUCGCAGUUAACCAACACAACAAUCUUGUGGCCUUCUGGUGGUUUAUGCUCUUGUUCUUUAUCAUCAUGUUACUUGAAUAAACGGCAACCCAAUUUGUGGUUUGUACACAUUAAACCCCACUGCUGAACUUCUAACGUUGAGAUCUUCGAUUCAAUUCUAUUUCUCCUGGGAAAUAUUAUGGGAUCACCACACUUUGAGGAUGUUCACCUGGCUUUUUUGCUUCGUAGCAAAUAAACAAAAAGCACAGAUAUGACAACGUACACGUGCCCAAUUUCCCCGCUUCCAAAAACAUCAACUUUGAGAACAGAUUGUUCACCUGCUGCCUAAUAUAUCCCACCCCUUGACGGGUACCAUUCUAGCGAGAUGGUCACUUCACCCGUCAGUGGCUUUAUUAUGACGGAUCAGUGUAACAUUUUACAGUAAACACUCGCUUUAAUUUAUUUUUAAAACUCUCCUGAGGGUUCAGCUCUAUAGCAUAAAUAUAUCAGCCAAAUCAAGUUAAGAAUUUAAAAUACUUAUUAUUUAGUAAGACAGGAGUAUUUAAUAUACUCAGAAAAAAAAAUGUUAGACAGUACAUCUAGAUUCAAGAGUAUAACGCGAGUUGUGUUAUCCAUAAGGGACGUUUGGUGUUUGCUUCUUUAAUCCGACGUAAUUGGUUUGACGCAAGUGUUCACACAAUGAUAACCUUAUAGCUAUAAUCCGUCAGACAUCACGUCUUGGUGGAUCGACUCCUUUUGGAUUAAAGAGGACAUUUUGUAAAUCCUCUGUCUCCAAACUGCCACUUUAUCCUGAAUAAGGGUGACUGAAGAAAACGGUUUUCUUCUCACAUCACUGCUAAUGUGCUCAUACAUAUUCUAUUUCCACUUCAAGUCUCGAGUGUCCUGGAGAUGCAAGUAAGUAGAACAUGUAAACAUUCACUUACGAUGGAUUAUAAACCCCAACGCAUGCUUGUGGACUUCUGCAGUGUGACGGGCAGAAACACAAACAGGUCAGUCAAAGUGACUGCCUUUGAACUAUCCACAUUCACUAAAAGUUCUAUGUCUACAGGGCCACUCCUGAUCCCUCACUUUACCGUUAGAGAAUUUUUCCACCCUUAUCUUUACUGUAAAAUCAUGCUGUACAUUCCCUUUGUUGAUGUGAACGUCACAUGCAUUUCUUUUCUCUCUCUCCAGAUGUUUAUCAUAUUUAACUAUUUCUCUCUCAUCCAUUUUCUAAGAGCAGCUUUAACAGUCAAAUGUGGAGGUGGUGGUGGGUUUGUACUAAAACAAUACAAAAAUACUUACACAUUUCCAUUUAAAUAGAGAGCGAGCGAGCGAUAGAUAGAGAGACAGGCAGAUAGAAAAGCACAGCUUAAUAGCAUCACUUUAUUGACCUCUGCUGGGGGGGUUGGCAGCUUAUUUUGUUGGCAUGAUUCUCCAUGGCGAUAACAAUAUCCUUUUGAGGCAAGGCCUAUAAGCCAUAUAUGGUUAAUUGUGGGCGUCUUUAUUUAAAUGAGCAAAAGAAAAUGCAUAUGCACGGUGGCUAUAAACAUUUGGUAUUUACCAAGCUUCCUCGCUUACAUCUGUGCAGAUCUUCUGCAUACACGUUUAAUGAAUCCCAGGUUUAUUGUUCAUAUCAAGGUUUGCAUUUAAACCAGAGUCAGUCCCUGCAUCCGUGACUGAUCUCGUACACAUGCUGCCCGUGCUCACACACACAGCUAAAAUUAUAUGCUAAGCCUGCACCUAAGCAGGAACAUGUUGUGUUGAUCGAGCUGCCAUCUGUUUUCCAGCUCCAGAUUAGAGGUUGAUUGGUUGCUCUAAAAAUACCCAGGAGGUCAAACUGCAGUUGUUUGUUCUGCUUUAUGGGUCUUGAUGAUAGUGUUUUCUUUCUCCAACACAUUUAGAUUGCAGUUUUAUACUCCAGGGACACAGAGGAUGAAAUAUGUUGACUGAUGUUUCUGAUCUACUGCCAAAAGCGGUGCAAUUAUCAUAUUAAGUGGUUUUACUGCAACUUGUUAUCCCCUUUAAAAUCAGCCUUAGAUCAACGGUGGUGUCAGGAUUUGAAGUUCUGUUAAAGUUAGAAGUUCUUAUCAGCAAGCAUGUCGAAUUCCCAUUCUCAUCACAUAUAACCUGCUAGGGUAAUUCAGGAAAGCCUGAAGCAAGUUAAAAAGUUAUUGUACGAUUUCUUUAUUACUGUUUGCAUCAUGGUCAUAAAUCAGACUGGUAUACAAAAUCAGGCUGAUGCUAAAAAUGGAAGCGUUUUACCACAGGAACCUUUUCAGGAAACAGGAAUUCUACCUGGGAAGCAUUAGCUGGCUAGUCCGGGAAGCAACUCUCGGCAGCACCGCUACACUUAAGAUUUAAUUGGUGCUUGUCAAAAGGUGUUGAACGAUUACAGUGGAUGCUAACCAUGUAGCUAAUUAGCGGUGUAACAAGUGGUGUUUGAGUGGUCAGAUUCUAUGAAAUUCUGGCUACAGACGUUUGCUAAUGCUACUCCAGAUGCUUUAAAAUUUUGUGCAUUUAGGGACACAGCAAUGACUGAUUUCCAUUGAGCUUUUGAAAUGCAUUGAUAAGAUGGAAGUGUGAAGAGUGUCUUUAAAUAAAUAAAAAAAAUAAAAACAUUUUAUACACCGUGUUGGCAUUUUUCUGCAUGGGAAUAUCAUCAGAAACUUGGACGGUUUCUAUGAUGAUCUACUUAAACGAUCAAAAACUCUAUCCAGGUACUUGUGUCUUUUCUUCACCAGAGCACUACUCCAGUAUCAAGCAUGUCAUCAUUUUGGA